UCUUGAAAUUUAUACAUUUCAUACAUUCAUUUAAAAAUUUGUGUUGAACACCAGUUGCAUGGCAAAUACUGUUCUAAAUGCUGGGUGUACAGCAGUGCAGGGAAGAGAUAAGAACUCCUCUAAUUUACAUCAUUGUGGUUAGAGCUAGACGGCAAACAAAGAAGUCUAAGUAUGUACUAUGUCAGGCUGGUGAUAAUUCCCAUCAAAAUUCCAGGAAGAUUAUUUUUAGACUCUGACAAAAUAUUUUAGAAUUCAUCUGGAGCAGUAUCUGUGAGAGAAUGAGAGAAGUUCUGAAAGAUUGUCCUAUUCGAUAUUGAAAUAUAAUACAGAAAUUAAAUCACUGGUACAGGUUCAAGAUAGGGCAGUGGGAGAAAAUAUAGAGAGGGCCAGGAAACAUUCAGGCAAAAAUGAGAAUUUUUGUCUAAAAUAAAAUUGACAUUUCAGGUUAGUGGAGAAGUGGAUUGUUUAGUGAAUUAUGUGUAUCAGCUAGGCAUUCGGUACUCCAAAAAAGAUUUCAACUGAGUCAAACAACUAAGUCAUAAAAACAGAUAACAUUAAAGUACCAGAAACAGGACUUUGAAAGCAUGACCCUAGAAGUAGUAGAGAAAAGGUCAAUAGGUUUGACAUGAAAAUAUUCAAUAUUUCCCAAGGGCAAAGAGUACCAAAAACAGUGUGAAAAGUCACAUGAUAAACUGGGGAAGAUAUUUACAGUACAUGUAAUGGACAGAGGGUUAAUGUUCUUGCUAGAUAUCUUAAAAUCAAGAAAAAUAAACUCAGUAAAAAGAUGCAAAGGGCAUAAGAUGGAAUUCACACACAGUGCAAGUUGAAUUUUUUUUUUUUUUUUUUGCCUGCCAGAGUGCUACAGGUAAAACAGAUUGCUAAUACCCAGUGUUGCUGGUGGGCUAGAGUGUUCAUGUAGCUUUCUGCAGGCCAGUUUGAGAAUAUUUAUUAGGAUUUUAAAAGUGCAUUCAUUGACCAGCACUUCACUUCUGAAUUUAACGCAAGGAAAUAGUUGGGUAAAUGGGCAAAACUAUUUUGUACAAAAAUAUUCAUUGUGUUCAUAAUAGCAAAAAAUUGGAAAUCAUCCAAAUGUCACUUGUGUUAUAACUCCAUACACUGGAAAAGUGAGCAGCCAUGAAGAUGGUGUAGAUUUGUUUCACCAGCAUGGAAAGGUGCCUGUUACAUAUUUAAGUGUGAAGAUGAGGUUGUAAAAUGUAUGCCCGGUAUGCUAUGAUUUCAUAAGACACGUGGAACUAUAUCUUCUUAUAUGCCGAUUGAUGAAGAUGGUAUCAGUGUAUAUACCAAAGAGAUUAAAAGUGGUUAUUUAUCUGAGUGAUGAUUUUGUCUUCAUUGUGUUUAGAAUACUAAGAAGUUUCAGCAGUGGAAUGCCUACUCUUCUUAUAACCAGAGUGGAAACGGAAGCAUUUUGUGAGAGGGCUAGAGGGAAGGUGAGAACGGGCGUUGGGAGGCCCUUCCGUGGCUCCAGGCCUAGGGCUGCGGAACCCACAACAGAACCCGCAACCGCAACCCGGAACCCGAGUGCCUGCCUAGCUGGGGGCCGGAGGGAGGGCGGGGAGGGCAGCGCCACGGACCCCAGCGGACCGGAAGGGCUUGUGGCACGCGGCCCCUCAGAGGGCCCCGAGCUGCCUUCCCUGUGGCAUCAUGAAGUUUCGCGCCAAGAUCACCGGCAAAGGCUGUCUAGAGCUGUUCAUUCACGUCAGCGGCACCGUCGCGAGGCUAGCGAAGGUCUGCGUGCUCCGCGUGUGCCCUGACAGCCUGUGCUUCGGCCCGGCGGGUUCUGGCGGCCUCCGCGAGGCCAGGCUGUGGUGCGAGGUGCGGCAGGGGGCCUUCCAGCAGUUUCGCAUGGAAGGUGUCUCGGAAGAUCUCAAUGAGAUCCAGCUGGAGCUGACGGCGGAGCACCUGUCCCGGGCGGCGAGAAGCGCAGCGGGCGCGUCCUCCCUGAAGCUGCAGCUGACCCACAAGCGCCGCCCCUGCCUCACGGUGGCGGUGGAGCUGGUGUCGUCCCUGGGCCGCGCUCGCAGCGUGGUGCACGAUCUGCCCGUGCGGGUGCUUCCCAGAAGAGUGUGGCGGGACUGCCUGCCGCCCAGCCUGCGCGCCUCCGACGCGAGCAUCUGCCUGCCGCGCUGGAGGACGCUGAGGAGCAUCGUGGAGAGGAUGGCGAACGUGGGCGAUCACGUGCUGGUGGAAGCAAACCUCAGUGGCAGGAUGACCCUGAGUAUAGAGACGGAGGUGGUGUCCAUUCAAAGUUAUUUUAAAAAUCUUGGAAACCCUCCCAAGUCGGCUGUGGGCGUGCCUCAAAACAGAGACCUGGAGAGCAUGGUGCAAGUGCGGGUGGAUAAUCGGAAGCUUCUGCAGUUUUUGGAGGGACAGCAAAUACAUCCUACGAUGGCCCUGUGCAAUAUUUGGGACAAUACUCUUCUUCAGCUUGUUUUGGUUCAAGAAGAUGUCUCUCUUCAGUAUUUCAUUCCUGCCUUGUAAAAAUUCAGCCAGCUUAGAUUUUUUUUUUUUAAGCUUAUGAUCUUUUCAAAACUAAAACAGACCCUGAGUUAAUUGGGUUGAAAAUUUGGACCUUCACUGACUUAUGCAGGGCGUAUAUUUUGUUGAGCCCUUCCUCCUUUGCAAAAUUUAUAUUAAAGCAUUGGUAAAACAGUUGGGUAGUUCAUGUUUUGUUUAUUGGGUUUGUCAGGUUUUUUUCCUGCUUAAGAUUCUAUCAAAGUUAUUCAACUCUUUUUUUCAGGGGGGAAAAACAGGGUUGUAAUGAAAUAAGUAUUUUUGAAUCCUGAAACAAUUGCAUCAGUAUUUUAUUAUAAAAUGCUGCUGUGUAAAGCGGGAAAGUUCUCCUUUUGAAAUAUGUAUAAAUGUUUUCCGAGGGCAUUUCUUAUGUAGAGAGCUAAAUAUAUCUGCAAGAUAAAAGGUAUUUAGCAUGUGUGUGCAUCACAUAUUCUUUGUUAAGCCGUGUUCUGUAUAGGAUAUAUCAAAGAAUAUAUCAGUGUACAUGGUUUUUAGAUUUAUUAUCUACAUAGUUUGAAUUGCUUAUUAGGUUCAUUUUUCACAUGUGUCAUAUUCACAUUAGAAAUCAAGGAAAUAUAGGCAUAUCUCACAGAUACUCCAAGUUUGGUUCCAGACCACUGCAAAAAGCAAAUAUUGCAAUAAAGACAGAUGAGUUUUUUGGAUUUUCAGUACAUAUAAAAGUUAUGUUUGCAUUUUACUGUAGUCUGUUGAGAGUACAAUAGUACUAUGUCUAAAAAAUGUACACAUCUUAAUUUUAAAAUACUUCAUUGGUAAAAAAUGCUGCUCAUCAUCUGAGCCCUCAGCAAGUCAUAAUCUUUUUGCUGGUGGGAGGUCUUUACCUCCCUCUUGAUAGCUGCUGACUGAUUCCAGUGGUGGUUGUUGAAGGUUCAGGUAGCUGUGGCAAUUUCUUUAAAUAAAGUAGUUAACUUGCUGGAUCGAUUGACUUUCAUGAAAGAUUUCUCUUUAGCAUGGGAUGCUUUGGGUAUUUUAUCCACAGUAGAACUUCUUUCAAAACAGUCCUCUCAAACCCUGCCACUGGUUUAUCAACCAAGUUUAUACACUGUACUAAAUCUUUUGUUGUUAUUUCAACAGUUUUCACAGCAUCUUCAGGAUGCUGUGAUUCCAUCCAGGAGUAGAUUCCAUCUCAAAAA